AAAGUUCCUGAUUUCCUCCUGAGCGCUCAUACAGGAAAUGUAGCGCAGGGUAAUAGGCAUCCUGCCCUUCCGCCAGCAGCAGUGUUAGCUUUGCAUCCGACGAAGUGGACGGAAGUCCGCGGAAGCUCAUGCUAGACACAGCUUGGGAGUCUUAAUGGUGCCACUAGACUCUUUGGCUUUUGGACCUGCUCUGUCUUAGAGACCUGCUCUUCCCUGGAGACUUACCAGGGCCUCUGUCUAGAGACUAUGCACAGGCAACUUCAAAAAAUAGUGCAUGAUAUCAAGAAAAAUGACAGUGGAAUAAUGAGCAAGUUCAAAAAGUUCCAAAAUGAACAAGUGGCCUUAAUAUGCAAAACUGGGAAAAAUACAUGGGAUCGGCUAACAAGCAAAGCACCACCCAGCGUACCACCAGUAGAUUAUGUUCCAGACCAUCUAGAUGAAGAGGAACAGUGGUCAGAUGACUUUGACAGUGAUUAUGAAAACCCUGACAACCACUCCGAUUCUGAUACAUAUGUGGUUCCUAAUGAAGACAAUUGUGAUGAUAGCUAUGAGCCUCCUCCAAGUGAACAGGAAAAAAAACAGAUCCCCAUAGCCUUCUCAUGUUCUGGAGGAGAAUAUGCAGACAACAAACAACCAAGCCAGCAGAAACCAUGGCUGGGGGCCAAGCCACUGCCUACUCUGCCAAAUCAGUCUUCAUCAAAACCAAAGAAACCAGCUGCUUUGCCGCCACCCUCUGCUGCACUGAAGCCAAACCCCCCACCUAAGCUAACUGACGAGGAGGCGGAUUAUGUAGUGCCUGUUGAUGAUGAAGAGGAUAAUUACAUUGAACCCACUGAAGAAAGCACACCACAACCUGUAAAACCUCCCAUGGUGAACAGAUCUAUCAAGCCCACCCCCAGAUUUGAUCCUCCCAGUUCAGCAACGUUGCCUCCUGUGUCACCUUCUACAUUAGAUGUCUAUGAAGUGCCUGAAGAAGAGGAAAAGUCAUCACCUGCAGUAAUUGGGAUUUCAAAGCCACUUCCUCCAAAGCCUGUUCAGAGGCCAUCCGGAGGACGCCCUUAUGAACAGAACACAGUCAAUGAAUCCUUUAAACCUGACAGAAAUGUUUUGCCACUUCCAAGACAGCGUCCUCCACCAAAAAUUGAACCCGAUGGUCUUGGAAUACAGGAGAGUGGAAAUCACAUCAGCAAAAGUGCUUCAGAAAUCAAGUUCCCAUCUGUCACAGCCCCAUCUCCAUUUCCAAGGAUUACGAAAAAACUACCAUACCCAGAGAUACCAGCAAAACCAGGUGUCCCUGACAGAGAUCACCUGAAUGUUGCUGAAGAUAAACCUAUACCAGCUGAGCGUCGCCGGUCUUCCACCCAUGAGAUUCCUCUUCCACCCAUUCCAAAGCCACUGCCUCAAAAGCCACCAGUCUUGCCUCGAUCACCAGGACCUGUGAACUGCACCUCUAGUAUACCACGCCAUAGUGUUCAAUGUGGUUUCACCAUAGCGGAACAGAAUGCUGGUGUUCAUGGGAAACCAUGGUACAUGGCUUCCAGUGAUCGAAAAACAGCCGAAGAGGCUUUACAUAAAUCAAAUGAGGAUGGAUCGUUCCUUGUAAGGAAGAGUUCUGGACAAGACUCAAAGCAACCAUAUACACUAGUUGUGUUUUACAACAAGAGAGUAUAUAACAUCCCAGUCCGAUUUAUUGAAUCAACAAGACAGUAUGCUCUAGGCAGAGAAAAAAGUGGAGAGGAGCGCUUCGACAGUGUUGCAGAAAUCAUAGAAAAUCAUCAACGGACUUCUCUUGUUCUCAUUGACAGUCAAAACAACACGAAAGACUCUACUAAACUAAGACAUAUUGUCAGAAUUUCAGAACUGAAAUGAGGAUCCUUGUGGAAAAUCCUCCCGCUCUACAAUUCUAAGUUUUGAGAAUGAACAUUUGAGAAUGAGCAUGUAGACCUAUAAUUAGAAGAAUUUGCUUCAAAAGCUUUACAAACAAGCAAAAAUAAAUACAAUCUGCUCAAUUUAUAUAGUUUGUAGAAAAUGAAAGAGAUUUGAUAGUCACCAAGUCUUAGAAAAAAGUGCUGAAGCACUGAGUUGUGAAGUUUUAAGUUUCACCAGUUCCUGAAUUUUUGCACACUUGGACAUAUACUUUUUAUAAAGGAUAUUAUAAACUAUGUAAGAGUAGUUGUGUCCAAUGGCAUGUAAUAUACUGUACUCAGAAGAACAGUUAUCUGUUGCAGUGUACCAAUUACAGAAGACGUUCCUUGGUAAAAUUCCAAUUUUGUUAUAUUUUAAAUGUCAAAGUGAGCCAUUAUGCAGGAAGAUUGAAGGAGUUGAUUCCUGGGACUGAAAGCAUCAAUUUAUUGCAUCUGUACUGGCUUUAGCUAUAUUUGUUGGAGCCCCUGUUACCUGUGUACGUAUCAGAAUAUAAAAGGAAGUACUAAGCAUAGUACUAAUGUGCAAUUGUGAUCCGGAGUACUGUGUUGGGGCUGUUUCACAUUUUAAGCACAUUUUAUCUACCUCUCAGUUUCUGUUAAAAUGGAACUUAUAUUGUGUGCCUAUGUAUUUUAAAUAUAGUGAACAAAAUAUUA